AUGAAUGCAAUGCGGGCGCAAGUGAUGACUCUGUUGUUGUUGCUGCUUCUUGUGGUGGGGCUGCCACGCGCUGCCAGCGGGUGGAGUGCAACGCUGCAGAAGGUGACUGUGCUCACUCGCAACGGAGCCCGCGGGUUAUCAAGCCUCAGUGACGGAAAAAUGAAUUGUGACAACUGCAAGUUGUCCGCCGUGGGGCGAGACAUGUCGUUCCACCUUGGUGUCUUUCUGCGCUCGCGCUACAGCGAUGCAUUGGGCCUUGGCAAGCGCCUCAACACGACGCUCGUGUCCUUCCGGGCGGCGCAGGCCGCACGAACCAUUGCCACGGGUCAGGGCGUCACACUGGGCAUGUUUCCUGGUGCCCUGCCGCUGGUGCGGUACCGCCCUGCACGGGACGACGUGUUGCUGGCCGCCACGCAGAGCUGGCCCUCGUGGCUUCUGCAGGACUUGUGGAGAGGCAAAGCGCACCUUGACGACGCGUGGGCCUCGGAGCGACUAACGCUGAAGGAUCGCAAGGCGCUUUCCCGCUUCCUUCCACCAAGCAACGCAGGGUUGUGUGAGCGUUCCCCCGCGCUGUGUGCGCUGUACGUCUACGACAGCUGGGGGGUCAACGCCUCUGCGGGCCACGAGGACGCCGCGCUGCGACCGCUGCUUCCCGCUCUGCAGACUGUCACUCGACGCAUUCUCUGGCGACUGUAUGGUGCCGACCCGCGGGACCCUGACAAUAGAGGCAUGGGACCGUUGGCUGGCCCGCUUCUUCGCGAGGUGCUCUCCGGCCCUUUUUCCUCUUACUCCGACGACGGCAGCAGUAGUACUAGUAGCACCCGUCUGGCGGUCUACGUCGGGCCCAUGCCGGUUGUGUUUGCGGUGCUCAGCGGCUUGGGCCUCUUUGACGCGGUAAACACUUUGGCAGGAGACUCCUCGCCCGUGCCGCAGUUUGGGGACGCGAUCGCCUUUGAGCACACAACCGCGGGUGGCGAGCACUACGUGCAGGUGUACCAGUUUACAUGGGCCUCGGGUGGCACAAAUGCCAGCGGCUACACGGGCAAACGGCUUGAGGUCAGCUGCAUGGACUCAGAGGGCAACACCUAUGCGUCCAGCGCCGCGCCUCACGGCUGCACCGUGGCAGACAUGCGACGCUACCUUGACUCUCUUGGGGCCGCCGAGGGUCAGUGCUUCGCCACCGGCGCCGCUCUUGUGGCGGCUGGCUGCGGCGGCAAAGAUGCACCCCCUGCCGGCUCACUCUGCCACAUGUACCGUGACAAGUGCCCUGCUGCGCCGUGCGGCGGUGUGCCUGGGACGAUCGCGGACCCCUCGCGCGGCUUUGCCUGCCAGGACGCAGGGCUGAACAAAGGCACCUCAUACCUCGCGGCGGCCAUCGUGGCCCUCGGGGCGCCCUGCGUGCUCGCCGGCUCUAUUUUUGGGCUGUACUUCCCCGGCCACAUUUGGCGUUGA